AUGAAAACCGCUCACACGACGCUGACAGGAAACAAUGAUCAUCGCAACACAGAGGUGGGUUUCGCAAGUCCCAGACGCCCGCGAAUGUGUGGAUGCAGAUGGAGCAGCUCAGACUCCGUUUCUCCUCCCCCUGCUACGAGACCUGGCCCAACACUGCCUGGUCGAAGGCGGCCCAAUGUGAUGCAGCUAGACUGUGGAACCAGAUCCCCUCACCGGACUGUGCCAGACAGUGCAGAAAUUGAUCACAAAAUAGAAGAGAUAUACAAACAGUCCGGGAUUCUUACUUUUGGAUCUCAGCGGCUUCUAUGUAAUGUUGAAGACCUUCAGCCUGAAGGAGAGCUGGGCCAUGGCACAUGUGGGCAGGUGACACGUAUGAGGCAUAAACCAACCAACCAACUCAUGGCAGUCAAGCAAAUGCGUCGGUCUGGCAAUAAAGAUGAGAACAAAAGAAUUAUUAUGGACCUGGAUGUUGUCAUCAAAAGCCAUGAUUGCCCCUACAUUGUCCUUUGCAUUGGUACUUUCAUCACUAAGAGUGAGGUAUGGAUUUGUAUGGAGUUGAUGGCGACAUGCCUGGACAAGUUGUUAAAACGGACAAGGAGACCCGUCCCAGAGCGGAUUCUAGGCAAAGUUGUCGUUGCUACUGUAAAUGCUCUACACUACCUCAAAGAAAGACAUGGAGUUAUACACAGAGAUGUGAAACCCUCAAACAUACUACUUGAUGACAAGGGAAAUGUCAAACUCUGUGAUUUCGGCAUCAGUGGUAGGCUAGUGGACUCCAAGGCCAAAACCAGAUCAGCAGGAUGUGCUGCUUAUAUGGCACCUGAACGUAUCGAGCCACCUGAUCCUAGCCGCCCUGACUAUGACAUCCGGGCUGAUGUUUGGAGUUUAGGAAUAUCUUUGGUAGAGCUAGCUACAGGAGAGUUUCCAUAUAAAAAUUGUAAGACAGAUUUUGAAGUCCUUACAAAAGUUUUACAAGAAGAGCCUCCAGAAUUGGGCAGUGAGUUCUCAGAGGAGCUGAGGUCAUUUGUCAAAGAUUGUUUAACAAAAGAUUGCAAAAAACGGCCAAAGUACAGAAGGUUACUGGAGCAUCCAUUAAUGAAGAAAUCUGAAGCCGAGCCAGUUGACAUUGCAGCAUGGUUCGCAGAGAUGUCUAAAAUCAUGGAGAAAUCCAGGAUUUCAUGA